AUGGAGGGGGAAGCCGAGGGCACCAAGGCUGUGUCACUGCCCAGUGCAGCACAUGGCAGCGAUUCCAAAGGUCUCCAGUGCCAGGGGGCUGCGACUCAGCAGGAUGUGGUGAAGGCUGGGAAAGCCAGGCCGCAGCUGGGAGGUGCACAGUGGGGCUCCCUGGGGCGCAUCUGUCUGGGCAGGCAAGACGGUAUCAGGAGGAGAGAAGCCCGGGUGCCCGCAUGCCUGGAGCGCUUCCUGGAGGAGGCCGCUGGGCCCUGCGGCUGGGGGCUGGAGGGGACUCAGGAAAAGGGCGGAGCACCAGCCUCAGACCCAGAGGACCGCACCCAGCCCCUGCCCCCCACCCCUAAGCAUCACCAAGGAGCUUUUUCAGAAGGGCGGGCGCUGGUCUCGCGCUGGUCUCUGCCCCAAGGCUCCCCGGGUGCUCCUGGCUGCCGCUCUGAGCAGCGAGCACCCUGGAGCCUGACGGUGAACACUGGCGCAGCCCAUCGGGGCUGCGGUGCAGACACAGCCUGCACACUGCUGCCCCCAGCAGCUCCUGUGGCCCUUUCCACCCCUUCCCUCCUGCACUGCCCUCAAGAGAACUACCCCGUCCCUGAACCCGGCCCGCACGAGGUGCUGCUGCGGAUGCACUCGGUCGGCAUCUGCGGCUCUGACGUCCACUACUGGCAGCACGGCCGCAUCGGGGACUUCAUCGUGAAGAAGCCCAUGGUGCUGGGGCACGAGGCUUCGGGGACCGUCGUGAAAGUGGGGUCGUCGGUGAAGCACCUGAAGCCAGGUGACCGGGUCGCCAUCGAGCCGGGGGCCCCCCGAGAAACCGACGAAUUCUGCAAGGUGGGACGGUACAAUCUGUCCCCGACCAUCUUCUUCUGUGCCACGCCCCCCGACGACGGGAGCCUCUGCCGCUUCUACAAGCACAACGCCAGCUUCUGCUACAAGCUUCCUGAUGGCAUCACCUUCGAGGAAGGGGCCCUGAUCGAGCCGCUCUCCGUGGGGAUUCACGCCUGCCGGCGGGGCGGAGUCUCCCUGGGGAACAAGGUCUUCGUGUGCGGAGCUGGGCCAGUCGGGCUGGUGACCUUGAUCGUGGCCAAAGCAAUGGGCGCAGCGGCAGUGGUGGUGACUGAUCUGUCUACCUCUCGGCUGUCCAAAGCCAAGGAAGUGGGGGCGGACUUCAUCCUGCAGAUCUCCCAGGAGAGCCCCCAGGAAAUCGCCAGCAAGGUGGAAGGGCUGCUGGGGUGCAAGCCGGAGGUCACCAUUGAGUGCACCGGGGCGGAGAGUGCCAUCCAGGCAGGCAUCUACGCCACUCGCUCUGGGGGGACCCUGGUGCUGGUGGGGCUGGGUGCUGAGAUGACCAGCGUGCCCCUGGUGCACGCGGCCAUCCGCGAGGUGGACAUCAAGGGCGUGUUUCGAUACUGCAACACGUGGCCAAUGGCGAUUUCAAUGCUGGCAUCCAAGUCUGUGAACGUGAAGCCCUUAGUCACCCAUCGGUUUCCCCUGGAGAAAGCUCUGGAGGCCUUUGAAACGUCCAGAAAGGGAGUGGGGUUGAAAGUCAUGCUCAAGUGCGACCCCAGUGACCAGGAUCCCUGAGCAGUGGGGCCGCCCCUCCCCGACCCCGGGGCUCAGCAGUUGGGCAGGAGCCGUGUCGGGGUGAGGCUGAACUUUCACAGGCUGGGUGUUGGCUCAGGCUCAGUGCUUGCCUGGCAGGCACGAUGCUCUGGGGUUCAGCCCCAGUCCUAGCACAUGAAAAAUAAAUAAAAAUGAGAAA